ACGCUGACUGACACAACAAAAAAACAUUAAAAAGAAUAAACUGCAAAACUCUUAGUAAGCAUUCACAGAUAUUCCACAAAUCACCUAAGAUGCGCAAAACAUGGGUAAAACGCGAGAAUAUUUACUUCAAGCCAUUCUACAAGGACAAAUCAAAAAUGUUUAUGCUGUUAAUAUUUUUGGUUGGAAUCUCUUUCAUUGUCUAUCAGGCCUUCUCGUUGAAUCAGCUGCCCAGCGUGCAGCAGUUGAGACGCAAGCACAAACAAAUGAUGCAGUCCCUGGGGAGCAAACAGCUUGAUGUGGAUGACUUUGCCGGAGGAGGCAACGCAGCAGUUGCCGGAGGCGGGGCCGAUUAUGCUGUGCCCGCAACCCAAGAUGCCGACUCGAUUAAGAUAAUACGGGGCAUACGUCUAUUUGACUAUGAUUCAUACAAGCCAAAUUAUAAAGGUAUGUUUAAGUGCCUGGAUGGUAGCAAAGAGAUUCCAUUCAAGUAUCUCAACGACAACUACUGUGACUGUGAUGGCGAUGGCAGCGAUGAGCCAAGCACAAAUGCCUGCGCCAUUGGGCGCUUCUAUUGCAAAUACCAAAAAAGACAUAUCACGGGUCGUGGCUUGGAUGUCUGGGUUUGGACGUCGCGGGUGAACGACAACGUUUGUGAUUGCUGCGAUGGCAGCGACGAGUGGACGACUAAUGUCAAGUGCCAAAAUAGGUGUGCGUAGUUUUGGGAUUAGCAAACUUGGCAGAUCUCCAAUAUGGACUAUAUAGAUACCGAUAUAUCUAUCUCAAUCGCAUCUCAAAGAUUAAACCAUUCGAUUUAGAUAGUAAGCCGCAUCACAGGACAUAUUUUUUGUAGAAAUUUUUUUGUAAUAAUACUGUAAUUUAUUAAUAUGAAAACAACAAAAGAUAGGAAUUAAAUUUAAGUAGAUUAAUUAGAUCGAAUAAAAAUACGUAAGCAACGCGAAUUUGACACUCUGUGUAAAGAAGAAACAUGCGAAAGUUUUUGUCAAAUAUUGAAAAACAAAAGAAACUGAAAGCAUAUAUAUAAAAUUGUACACCUUGUUCCAGAAAUAAGUCGGAACAUAUAACUUGUUAAUGCACAGUUUGCUGGUCAAGUUUUAACCCCCCCAUUUUAAGCUGAUAACCGCACGCCGGAUUAUGCUUAAUUUCUUUUAUUACUACAUUUGCAUAAAUCAGAAGAAUGUUUUACAUAGAACCCUAUUUUCUAAUGACAACAUUAUCAUUUAAUGUCUUCA